UUUUUUGAGGUGUAAUUUAUGGCCAGAAAAAUGGUGGGUUUGUUAUGUGUGUUAUGUUAUGAUUGCAUUAAAAUAAACACUAUAUGUAUGUAUAAUAUUGAGUGAAUAAUAAUAAUAAUAAUAAUAAAUAAAUAAUAUUAUUAUUAUUACCGAUACUAUUGUUAUUGUUAUUCCCGAAACCGAAACCCAGUGUUAAUCAUAAACACAGUGUUAAGCGACGGGUGUGAGGACAGGGAGAGGACUCUUUUGGAUGGAUGGUUAGGUGUUUAGGUUUACCCAACAGGUCAUGCAUAACACAUGCACCUACUGUUCCCGCGUCAUACCAGUGCUGUCGCCCGCAAGCGAUUUGUCGGCUACCGAUUCACAGCCGCCGCCGCCGCUACUCGACGGCCAUCAACUGACAUUAACACGUGAUUUUUGUUCGGCCGAAUGUCUUCAGAAACAUCACGUGAAAGAAAAUCAAAAACUGAAGAAAAGUCUAUCGUCGACACUGUCGAUGACCACCACAUUGCCCGCCGCCGCCGGCAGUUCGCCGUUAGCCGUUGUUGUUGCCAAUGUUAACUCGUCAUCGGCGACAUCUCAGCAGAGGACAGAUCAGCAACAAAUGUCAACUACUAAUAGUAAUAACAAUUUGACGCCCGCGUCGUCACCGGCCUCAGUGAUGAUGGCCACCGUCGAGACCAAUAUGAUCAACAACAACAACAACAAUACAAACUCAUGCAAUAGUGUUAACAGUAUGGCCACCACUACCAGUCCGGCAGUCGCUGCCCAUCAUAUCGGUACCGGUCUGUCGCCGGCGACCAUGAGGUUAUAUAAGCCGCCGCGUGUCAGCCAAAAACGUUUGACAACUGGUCCGAGUUUUCAGUACGAACUGUUCGACCAGUUCGACUGGAAUCAGUACUUGGAAGACGAAGGCGGCCGACCCGCACCCGCCGAUUGUUUUAAACAGCACUCGAAUCCGCCGACCAACGAAUUCAAGAUUAACCAAAAACUUGAGGCACUGGAUCCCCGCAAUCCGACCAGUACAUGUGUGGCCACUGUUGUCCACUUUAUUGGUCCACGUUUGCAGCUCAGGCUGGACGGAUCAGAUAAUUCGAACGACUUCUGGGAAUUAGUCGACUCGGAGUCGAUUGCGCCGAUCGGCACCUGCGAGAAGUCUGACGGUUUGCUUCAGCCGCCGCUCGGUUUUCGCAAAAAUCCUUCUCAUUGGCCGACAUUCCUGUGCCAGAUAUUGACCGACGCCGACAUUGCACCCGACAAGGUAUUCAAGCCGACUCCUAGGGCGCCGAAAAGCAAUAAGUUUGAAGUCGAUAUGAAGUUGGAAGCCGUGGACAAGAAAAAUCCCCGAUUGAUAUGUCCGGCCACUGUCGGCGAAGUGGACGGGGACAACAUUUUCGUAACGUUCGACGGCUGGAAGGGUGCGUUCGACUACUGGUGUCGCUAUGAUUCGCGCGACAUAUUCCCGGUCGGCUGGUGUCAGCGCAGCGGACACCCGCUACAGCCGCCCGGGUCUAAAGGGAAAGUGCAACCGGUGACCAAAAAGGCUAAAACUCAGGCCACGAACAACAAUACAAAUUCCGAUCAAAAGGUAUCGGAAAACGGGUCGUUAAACACAAACAAAGUGAAUGCAAGUCAUCCGAAUACUAGAACCAGUACAGCGUCGGCCGGCACUCAGGCCAGCGGCGCAACGCCGCCGACACAUCAGUUAAAUACCCGAAACGCAAGCACUAAUAUUGGCCAACAAUCGGUGUCCAAAUCAUCGAAUACGACUACUAAUACUAAUAAUACCGCUACACAUACGACGAGGACAACUAACGGCUUUAAAGAUGAACUACGAAUUGAUACCUCCUCUCUGGGCAACGGCUCUGCCGCCGUCGCCAACACCACCACCAAAGCCAACUCAUCAAUGUCUUCAUCAUCGCCGGUGGGACAGUUGACUCCUAAUAAACCUGCACUGAGUCCGAGACAGUGUUCACCCGUUUGUGUUUAUGUGAACCGUUUGUGCCAUUGCGGUCCAUACCUGAGCCUACAAUCGGUAAAACGUUUGCCCGAAGCGUUUGGUCCGGGAUCACUUAACAAGACCUUGCAGGACACUGUCCAGGCUUUUGUCAAUUCGGCCAGCGAUCUGCGAACAGCUUUCAAUCUGGUUAGGCCGGGUAACGGGCGGCUAGUUGUUACGGCCAAAAUCGGCGGCCGUACCAGCUUCCGAAAGAUGCCCCAUCUGAGUCGGGAGUCAACAUUUUGGUCAUAUCUUCAACAACUGUUAGAGGAUCUCAAAUGCUGUCCGAACCUGUUGUCCAUCAGGAAACUCGAGACAGGAAAAUGUGAUAAUUGUUUGACAAAUAGUAAUAGUAAUAAUUUAGUUAAUAAUAAUAAUACUAAUAACGGGACAAAAGUUAAGCCCGAGUUGUAUGAAAGCAACCAAAAGACCAAAAAUACUUUAUCGGUUGCGACCGUCAAAACCGAACCCAAAGCUGUCCAAUCGUCUGAGACACAGACAAUCGGCACUCAGUCGUCGUCAUCGACGACGACGACGACGGCGUCAUCAUUAUCUAUGAAGCGCCGGAACAGUUCACUUAUUAAUGAUAAUAAUAACAAUUUCAAGUCAUCGACAAAUACCAGCACUGAUUUGAAUAGUACUGCAAGUAGUGGUGGUUUUAGCCGAAGUACCGCUAAUACUACUACUAUUACUACUAAUAAUAAUAAUACUACUACUAAUAAAUCGCCGAAACUGAUGUCGACAUCGUUGAUGUCGUCGGGUUCAGACAUAUCAUCGAUUAGUAGUUCGCCAUCGCCUCAGCAGCAGCAACAGCUGAAGAGAUCGUCGGCAGCGCAAACACACUACCAUCAGCAGCAGCAGCAGCACCACCACAACCAUCACCAACAGCAGCAGCUGCAUCAACAACAACAUCAUCGGUUUGCACCAUCGACUCCGGUACCGUCGUCAUUGGCAGCGGCAUCAGUCGCCCAUUCAAUGACCAUAACACCGAUACCGGCUAUACCUUCGGCGGCUGCUUCGCUGCCACCGUUGUCGACAAAUCCAGCCGAUUGGACCAUCGAUGACGUAAUCAGACACUUGAUAACAGUUGAUGUGUCGCUUGAAUCGCACGCCGAAACGUUUAGAAAACAUGAAAUCGAUGGCAAAGCAUUCCUCCUAUUGAACAGUGAUAUGAUGAUGAAGUAUAUGGGCCUCAAGUUAGGUCCGGCCCUUAAAAUAUGUAAUAUCACUGAACGUCUCAAGUCUAACAACAAACGUCUAUCAAAUUAUCAUUGAAAUUAUUAUUAUGUGAUGAGAGACCAGACAUAACAAAACAAAAACAAACAAAAAAAGAGAUAAUAAUUUAAUGCAAUUUUGUGUUAUUUUUAUUUUAGUAGUAAUGGUUAUUAUACUGUAUGUUAUUGUUUUUCAUUUUUGUGGAUAGUUAUGAUUUUUUUUGUGAAAUUAUUAAUUUAGAGAUUUUUUUUUAAAAAAAUGAUUAUUAAUAGCCCACCUCCUCUAUCUCGCUCUUACUUUA